UGACGCAAACCAUUAGAUAUUGGCUCAAUAUCUGUCAGCUAUUGUAUUGUUAAUUGGAAUAUAUUUCUUUAUUUGAACAUGGGUUUCUUUUAAAGAAAUAAUAUUGGGAUAGUUAUCAGUAGUUUAUCAGUGAUUACUUUCCAUUUGUUAUGUUCUUACUGCAACCGUAUUCUUCGGAAAUUAAAUUACUCAUAUAAUUUUUGCUUAUCGAUUUUCGAGCAUUAAAAUUAGUUCAGAAAAGGUGGGAGAAAUACGGCAUUUACGCAAAAUCAUGCCAGAAACGUUCAUGAAGAUAACGUAAAUGCAAAGAAAUUUAUAUAUGUUGCCAACAGCCAUUUGAAUGAGAAAUGAUACAAGACCUUCGGGCUAAGUCGUAUGCUUCUGGAAACCUUCCCGUGUUCGUACUGCCGUCACUGAUAGUAAUCACAUUUGCUUCUCAAGUUCCGUUGAGAAUUCAUUUAUUACACAUCCCAACACCAGCAGUCACUGGAGACACUGUUUUACUUCGAUGUGGUUAUGAUCUUGGCAACGAGACGCUCUAUGCUGUCAAGUGGUAUAAGAAUAUGAGAGAAUUUUUCAGGUUCGUGCCUGGAUCGGAACCAUCUCUGAAGGCUUUUCCUCUGCAUGGCAUUGACAUUGAUAUAUCGAAAUCAAAUAAAAAUACUGUCGUCUUACGUAAUCUUAUCCUGGAAAGCCAUGGUAACUAUACAUGUCAAGUUUCCACAGAUAAACCCUUUUUCAGAUGCGUUCAGUCUACUCGGCAAUUGGAAGUUGUCGUGCCACCUUCAGACGGACCAGUGCUUAUGGAAGAAAAGUCUGAUUAUGAAUUAGGCGAUAAUGUCUCCAUCUUAUGCAACUCAGGAAAGUCCAAACCUGCCCCAGAAUUAAAAUGGUACAUAAAUGACCAGUUGGCUCAGUCUGAUUUAACCGAUCAAGAGACAGUUGUUUAUCCGGAUCAAAUGGAAAGUUCAAGCUUAGCUCUCAGAUUUCGUCUAAAACCAGAUGUUCUUCAUAAUGGAAGAGUUAUUGUGAAGUGCGUGGCCACAAUUAAACACAUACAUGCCGCCACUGUCAAAGAGAUCAGAACUGCAGGUUUGAAAAAAGCGGAGCUUCACACAUGGCUGCUUUUCGCGGCGGUCGCAACAUUUAUAAUCCUGCAAGUGGCACAGGCUUAAGCGCUGAGGAUCAAAAUAAAGUGACAUUUCUUUGAAGCCAAGUGACACAAAAGGAAGCCUUUGUCCUAGAACAUUUGUAAACGUGCAUAAAAGAAUAAGCAAUAUGUAUGGAUGUAUGCAUACGAAUGCAUUCUUCAGUGAUAAAUAAUCUCUUCUUUAUGCUGUAAAUAGUAAAAGAAUUAUGAUCUAUUUAAAAGAACAGUGAAGCAUUGCGAAUGAA